AUGGCUCCCAUCUCUGUUCUCCUCAACAGCAACGUCACAGACGACAAAGGCCUCCAAGUAUUUUACGUCACCAGCCAGGAUAACCUGGGCAUUGCCCUCAGGAACUCUGCUGCCAAAGGCGUUGACUCGCAGGACUUUUACGAGGCAGCCGCCGAUGCGCAUGUCGGUCUCAUCCCCGUCAAGUCCGAGAUUGGCAGUGCCGUUAUGAACGGUCUCAAUCUCGUCGUGGCCAUCACUAAGCACAAGCUGAAGGAUGAAGACGAGAAGCCCACUCUCAACGAUGUCUCCAUCGUGAGUCCCGUCUACCAGGUUCUCGACAACACUGGUAUCACCAACACCACUGCUGCCAUUGUCUCCAACGAGGACAACAGCAACGCAUGGGUCUACUACUUGCAGGGUUCUGAUCCCGGGCAGAUCCAAAUCAGCGAAUAUGAGCUGACCACCGGCAACAUCGGUCCCAUUUCCAACCUCAAUAUUGACCCUGACUGCUCGCUCGGGGCUUUCUAUGACACAAACGGCAACGGGAGAUCAAUCAUUUACCAGGACAAUUCUCAGCGCCACAUCAAGGAAUACCAAGUAGAGUCUGGUCAGACCAUCGACAUUGGCGACACUGCCGGCGCCAAAUCAAACACUAGUCUCGCUGUCACCUACUUUGAAGGCUACGCCUACCUCUACUACACCGAUGAAUUCAUGAAUCUGUACCGCGUCAUCAAGGACAAGGACACCAGCGAGUGGGGCGAGCACAAGAAGAUCACCCCUGGAGCCAACCCUGACCCGUCCAGCCAGCUUACUGCUAUUGGCGCCGAUGGAACUAUUCACUUGUUCUAUCAAGCCCAGGGAAACAAGAAGAUCACUCACUUCCGUGAGAAGGCUGUUGGACAGAAGCUCUAG